UGCAUUCGGGGAGGACUUGGGACUUCAGUACCUUGGAGAAGGCUCGGAUCAUUCAUUGAGAUUUACCAGAAUUUAGUGCAGUUAUGAGGCAAAUGAGCAUCUGUCAGCCCUUGUUGCUUGUGGUUCUACUGUGCGCACUGUGUUGCCGGACUCUGGGUCUCCCUGCUAUGUCCACGUACUCAGACAUGAGAUCAGAGGAUAUUGACGGUGAUGGGACUGACAAUGACCUUUCAAGCAGUCCGUCGACACAAGACCUAGAGGACUACAAACUCCUUUAUGAAAUCGCAAACACCGUGGCAAGACCUAGAAGACACGCCGAUGGUCUAUUCACCAGUGGCUACAGCAAGCUUCUUGGCCAGCUUUCUGCCAAAGAGUACCUAGACUCACUGGUGGGCAAGCGCAUAAGUGAUGACCUCAACGGCCACUCCAUAUCAAAGCGUCACUCCGAUGCCGUCUUUACCGACAACUACAGCCGCUACCGUAAACAGAUGGCAGUGAAGAAAUUCCUCAACUCCGUCCUGACAGCAAAGAGAAAUUCAGAGGACCCUCUGGCCGAGGAGGUGAUGCUUUGAUGUCGUACAUGUCUGUGCCAUCGUCGCAUCGAAGUAGCAGAUGUCGUGAUACCUUCACAGCCGUUUUCUUCGCCAACACGUGCCCUCAGCUGGAUGCCAAACCUGGCGCUUACAGACCCCAUUGCCAACGCAGUUAUCACUACUUCACACGUUAUCAUAUUCAUCCAAACCACCGGAAAGUGCAGUGAAUAGCCUAUUUAUAUAACUCUUUCUUACGAAGACACACUGUGUAUUUAACUGUUACAAAUGUUAAUAUAUACCUGUUACACUACCUACCUACUACGUAAAACUAUAAGUCCACUACAGACUUUGCAACAGAUGUCCAUGAAAAUGUAUCAACACUACUUAAGACUGAUUGUGUGAGUAAUUGUGUGAACACUGGGAAUAUUGAGACAAAUGUGUAGAAAUAUAUUAUUUAAAAAUGUGUUAAAAAAAUAACAAUAAAUAAAGCAACGAACUGAUGAUGAUAGAAAUGACGCAAUUAACUACUUUGACAUGUCACAGAUUUUUAGGUAUGUUUCUCAAGUUCUCACAGUGUUUUGUUUUGUGGAUGAAUGUAUUACAAAAAUGUACAGAUAAUAAAAUGAACAACAAAUGUCAUUUGGUGAUCUGGUAAAUGUAUUCCCUAGUCAGGCAUGCACAGCAAGCUACUCUUCAUCUCUUUCC